AUGGACAAAGAAGGCAAGGCAGUGAUGUUGGAACCUUGGAGAGGUGAUGACAGAGGGUGCUACAUGAUGCGUCUCCUAGUUAAUCUUAAACGAGUGAGAAUGACCCUUUUAGUUUGGAAUAAGAAUUCAUUUGGCAGCCUUAGUGAUAAUAUUGCUAAGCUACAAAGUAGAUUGGAGGGUUGCAGGGAUUGUGUAGAACAAGGAAUUGAAGGUGCACUAGAUGAUGAACAUAGGGUGAGGCAGCAACUAUCUCAGGCCCUCCUCAUGGAAGAGGUAAUGCAAGCUAAACGAAAGAUUAGAAGCCUAGAAUGUGAUGGCAUAGAGUAUGUUCAAAGUGGGAAGAUACUUGAAGUGUGGACUGAUUAUUUUAAAAAGAUCCUAGCUAUGGACGAUGCACAAGGAAUUUUGUUUGGAGGUAUUGAUAACAUAGCUAGGGUCACAGAAUAUGAAAAUGAACAGCUUUGUCAAUCUGUCUUGGAGGAGGAGGUGACUACAACAAUGUGGAGUUUAGAUAAGGACAAUGUAGCUGGUCUAGAUGGCUUUCAUAAUUAUUUCUAUCAGGAGUGUUGGGAGAUGGUAAUGAUUGAUGUGGUGAAUGUUGUGCAAGACUUCUUCUCGAUGAGAGAGAAAUUCGAUGGGAGGCACAGACUGCAACAAGGUGAUUCCUUGUCCCCAUAUCUCUUUCUCAUUGUUAUGGAAAUGUUCAAUAGACUGCUCAUCAAGGAAAUGAUUAGCAAAAACGUCAUCGUUCCUAAAAUCUAUCGUGUGAGGCCUAAUGGAUGUGCUAUGUUGUUUGCUGAUGAUGUGAUUAUGGUGGAUAAGGCCACCAAGAGAACUAUUAGUAUUACAAAUGCUAUUUUAUAG